AUGUCGGAGCAAGCAGUACCGCCUCGGCGGUUCAUCCCUCAACCGAUCGAGACUACAACGAAGAGCUCUCGGAAGCCCGCAUCUAAUUCAUCGCAUACCGCAUCGAAACCUCGAUUUCGACCGGAGCCCGUUGAGACAACGAGACGAAGCAAUAGAAAGGCAGCUGAGACCCAAAAUGCCUCAUCCACCGAGCCACGACCUACUCGCCGGUUCGCGCCUCAACUCAUUGAGACAUCAACACGCUCGCGCAAGUCUGGCGACUCUCGCCCGGCAGUAUUGCUAUCAGAUAAGACGGACAAAUCACCUGGCGAUGAGAUCCGUCAGCCUCGGAAGGCUAUGAAGGGCAGCAAAGUGAGAGGUGGUGUGGAAAAUAUUUCUGCUUUGAAUCAGAAACUGCCCCCUUCACGACAACCUCGAGGAGAAUCUCUUUUCUCCCUAACCACUUCCCCACGUCAGCGCUCUUUCGCAACCCCUGUACUGGAACCAAUUGAAUCUUCCCAAUCGGAAGAAUCCGACCAAUCUAACUGCCCAUCUUUGUCCACAUCUCCCUCUGUUUCUUCGGAUGAGUAUUCCGAAUCAUAUAGCCAUGCGAGCAGGAUACGCGAGAGUUGCGAUGAUCGUUUCUCUGGCUAUCUGCUCGCGUUAGCGGCACGAGCAGCUGAAAAGCAGCUAAGGGAACAAGCUCUCGCCGCUUUCCCCAAUGAAGAUUACCAUCAAACUGUUGAUCAUUUCGUUGACCGCGUAUCGUCUUCUUCAGAAGAAGAGGAACUUUCGAAUCGAGAUCAAGAUGUGGAAAUGACGGGAAUCGACUCUGAUGAGGAAGUUAAUUUGGCUUUUCAAGAAAUGCGAAGACAACAAGAACAGCUUCAGAAGAAGCGACGAUCGACAUUGCGCGCCGAGUCGGAGUCUCGCCCUGGCGAUACUUCUUCCAAGUCUUUUAAUCCCUUUGGGAAGUUUGCUCAACCACCAAAGGAGUAUAUGGAAGGUUGGCAGAAGGGAAUUGGUCUUGAACAAAUGCGACGAGCAGCAAGUCCACCCAUGUUAGGAUGGGAUAUCAGGUUUCCUAGAUGUCGAUCUCCAGAGCAAACCCAGCUGCAUGUGGGUCAAAUCCCACAUUCACAGCAGAUGUCGCGGUCAGGCUCGGUUCAUCAGGCUGGAAUGUGGAGUGACAAGCACUCCUCACGAAAGAGUAGCAAAGGCCCAGGCGGGUUAUGGAUGGGAAUGUGUACUGCGGAGGACGAGGAUCCCGGACACCACCAGUCGCAGCAGGUUGGUCUCGUCACACCAGCCGGUGAAAGAGAAGACCCUUUUACUUCGGAGCCACCACGGCCUCAGGCAAAGGCAAAGUUCUUGUCACCCCUAACGGCUCAGAAUGUAUCCGCGGACAAUCGUCCGCCCACCUCUACUCCCACCUCCGCUCCCACCUCUGCUCCUACUUCAGCGCCUACUUCAGCGCCUACUUCAGCGCCUACUUCAGCGCCUACCUCUGCACCCUCCCCUACACCACGCCUCAGUAAGGAGGAUAUCGAGCACGAAUUCAACGAUGACUUUGUCUCGCAAGUCUAUAAUUAUCUUUCUCUUGGAUACCCGGCCCUUGCUCACAAAUAUGAUCCUGAAUUGAGCAAAAUAUCCCAGAUCCCCGUUGAAGAGCUUCGCCAAGAUGACAAACUAGCGGAUGGAAAAGGCUACGUCAGAAUUGGCGAUGAUCCUGAACCAGAAGUUGAUGAUGAUAUUCGAAAUAGAUGCGCAAGAUGGAAAGCUUUGAAGAUUUAUAUUAGAGAAUGGGCGCGGCAAUCACCCGAUAUGAAUGACGGAGCAAUCACACUGGAUGCCUGGGGCGCCAGGGCUCGUCGGGGUAGUUGGGCUGUCUAA